AAAAGUUGUACAUUGCCCCACAAACUGAAUGGUUUCGAUAUCGUCUCGGGAUUCAAUUCGUUUCAAACUGUUGGUAAUUUAUCCCUAUAUAUAUAAACUUAAAACAACAAUAUAUCACCAUUCACUUGAUCCUACAUGCAAAUUUGCCCUAAUUCAAAACAUGAACUCAAACACAUCGUCGAUCACCAAAGGUCAAGACACAAACGACAAGGAGAAGAGAAUCGUAAAUGGUGAAACCGGAGAGAUGGAAGAAAAGCUACAGAAUGAGGAAAUGCUGGUUGAAAUAGAGCCAAAAACGGGUAUUUCGUUUUCGAUCAAGCUAAGUGACGGAAAGCAGUUGAAAGCUAUGGGUGUAAGGAAGAAAAAAUUGCUCGGGUUUUCGAUCAGAAUCUAUAGCUUUGGGAUAUAUGCAGAUAACCAGAAAUUGGUGGGUGUUAUGAAGUCAAAGAUUGUGGAAUCACCAACAAAGACUACAAAAGAGAUGUAUAGAAUGGUGAUUGAUAGUGCAGUGGGAAUAACUGUGAAAAUGGUGAUUGUGUUUGCCAAUCUUACCAUGAGCAUGGUGAGGAAGAACUUUAAUGAAGGUCUAGCAGCAGCAAUUAGGAAGCUCGGUGGUGAAAAAAACGAAGAGCUCAUGAAACGGAUUUUGGAGGAGGCGAAGAAUGAUAUCAAACUCACUCCUGGUUCGGAAAUUGAGAUCACAUGCCUUCCGGGAUAUGUUCUUGAGACAAAAGUGCAUGGCAAGGUAGUAAGCAAAUUUGAAAGCGAGAUGCUCUGCAGGGCCUAUGUCUAUUUGUAUCUGGGAGAUGACCCUUUAGACAAAGAAGCCAAAGAAAAAUUUGGGAUGUCCCUGAUUUCACUCUUCUAA